AUGGAGCUGCAACAACUGCAACCACACCCACAGCUCAAAGAAGAUCUACAAAGGCAAAUGGAGCUGCAACAACUGCAACCACACCCACAACUCAAAGAAGAACUACAAAGAAGAACUACAAAGGCAAGUGGAGCUGCAACAACUGCAACCACACCCACAGCUCAAAAAAGAACUACAAAGACAACUGAAACUACAACAACUGCAACCACACCCACAACUCAAAGAACUACAAAGGCAACUGAAACUGCAAACGCAACUGAAAGUUCAUCUGGAGGAACAACUCGAGCUUUGUGGAAAGUCCUGAUCAUAAUAGCAGUGAGCUGCUUGCUUGCUGUGGCGCUGGUGCUGUUCCUGUGGAAGAAUUUCUACAAAAGGAAAGCAGUGUGUACUGUUAAGCAGAAACAGGAUCACCUCUAUGACUGUACUGACAACAACAUGCCAACAACACAAGCUGCAAGCAACCAACAAAACCCAAAGGAGCCCGUCUACCACCUGGUAACUCAACCAGUCCAGAUCACAGGUGACCAGCAGAGCACGCCCGAGGCCACAGAACCCCUGGGAAACAACCCGACACAGACGGAACAAGUUGAGCAGCUAUAUGCCAAAAUCAAGAAGCCAGGAAAAUAAACUCUGGACUUUGCUCCGACUUCAUUACUGCUCAAUUCUGACCUUCUGGUUUGUUUUAUUGCUCUGUUGUCUAACUGGUUGUAACUUUCAGUUUCACAUAGUAUUACAGAGACAUCAGAUUUGUGUAAAGUGAAAGUAACAGUUUGACACACGAUGCUUAAAUUUCUCUUUUAUAUCAGUAUACAAAAUUUAGUUUCCUGUUACA